UCCCACCACCUUUCGACAACGACCUGGAACGGACGAGGGAUUCGGUCUCGCUUCGCUCGACGCCGGAUGUCGUUUACAGCUGGUUCUGUAUGCGAUUCCGCGUCGAUGAUGGCUCCGCGCCGCCUCGCGCCUGCACCAGUCACAAUUAGCAACCAUCAGCAUCGUAUGGCGAAACGCGCUCAUGCACGGAUGGGGAGGACGUUACAAUCUCCUUGGACGGAGAGCAGGUGGUCAGACGACGCACAAUGAUCAAAUUUUCCCGUGCUGCGGAAGUCUCCAUGAAAUAGUCAAACCUCUAAUCAUAAGAACCUGUCCGAUCUCCGCGAUCAAUUUGUUAUUUCCCUUGUCUCGGCUUUUUUCCAAGCUUUUGAUGUUGCUCAUGACAAUAAUGAUGAACACCUCGACCAUAGUGAAACCUACAUUGGAGAAUACCAUCCAGGAAAUACCCGGAUGCACACUGGCUGCCGAACGGAUCAGCAUCAUGGGUCUGCCUCGACGCCGACCGAGUUAUCAAUUAGCGAGAACAUCAAGUCCACGUUGCGCUGUUUGCGAGAGAACGCUGGGAGACACGCGGAGAGCGAAGCGCCUCGUCCUCUCCCGAACAUGCUGCCUGGUCUUACAGCAACUAGAUUAGUCAUCACACACUCACACGCGUGCGGAAUUCGCUUGAUUGGUGGGUCGUCGUUGGUCGUCUGAAUAAGCUGACAGCCGCCUCCACCCGUGGACGCAUUGGGGCUCUGUCCAACUCCUGGAGCCCUCUGCUUCCUCCUCUUAUCAUUACAUCGACUCACUA